CGUUGACCCGGAGUCAAUCCAACAUAUGCAAGUUCUCAGCUGCAGCCUGGCUCUAUAAAGUAUACUUCCCUUUCUCCUUCCUUUGAACCCAUUAUCCUAUCUCCAACCAUUCCUAGUUCUUGGUCGCUUUGGCAUCGUCCCUCUAGGCUCUCCUGUCCCCUUCUUGAUAUUCACCCUAGAAGGUGAGAAGAGCCAUGUAUUCCUCAUCGGCUGCCGAUACUGCUCAGGAUGACAAGUGGAGCGGCUUCUCGUCUCCUCCCCCGCCCGCGACCGGGACCCCGGUGGAUGUCGACAAGCUGCUCCACUCCGACCACCACUCGCAGAACGCGUCCCUGGUGACCUCCGCCCCGCCCACAUACGAGGAGCGGGAUCAAAUGCAGUGGUCCUCCGGGCUGUGCGAGUGCCUCUCCGACCGCAGGAACUGUUGCAUCACAUGUUGGUGUCCCUGCGUGACUUUUGGCCAGAUUGCGGAGAUUGUGGAUAAGGGGUCAUCAUCUUGCGGUGUGAACGGAGCACUGUACACGCUGAUAGCCUGCACGGUGGGUUGCUGCUGCUGCUACUCGUGCUUCUACCGCGCCAAGAUGAGGCAGCAGUACGCCCUCAAGAAGAGCCCCUGCGGCGAUUGCUGCGUGCACUUCUGGUGCGAGUACUGCGCUCUCUGUCAAGAGUACCGCGAGCUCAAGAUCAAUGGCUUCAACAUGAAGAUUGGAUGGCAUGGGAAUGUGGAGAGACGGAGUCGCGGGAUCUUGAUGUCUCAUAUGGCACCGUCGACCGCGCCGCCGGUCGAGUCGGGGAUGACCCGGUAGACCGCGGUGUCCAAGAUAUGUAAUGUACAAACCUCGGAUGGACUAUUUACAAGCACCUGAUGAAAAGAACCUCUCUUAGCACCUAAUUCAGGUGUAUACAUAGUUUUAAGUGUCAUCCAGUAUCUAUUUUCUAAUGAACUGGGUAGGUACGUGUAUUAAGACAGGUGAAUGACCAUUUGGCAUUCUCUCGCUAUUAGAUUCGUGUAGUUUCAUUA